AUGAUGGCCGUGUUGACCAGAUCUGGCUAUCUGGAAGUGUUUUCGCGCCAACAAUGGCAUCGGGUUUGCGUGACACUCGACGAGACGGCUCUCAUCUUGAGCCUGGACGACAGCUGCGGCGACUCGCUGGCCGAAAACGACACGAUGCCGGCGCCGGACAGCAUCGCCAGCAGCGAAAAACGUGCCGUGCGCAUUGUCAAAUCCGACAACAACGGACUGGGUAUCAGUAUAAAGGGCGGCCGCGAGAACAAGAUGCCAAUCCUGAUCAGCAAGAUCUUCAAGGGCAUGGCCGCUGAUUCCACUAAGCAGCUAUACGUCGGCGACGCGAUCUUAUCCGUCAAUGGCGAAUCGCUGCGAGAUGCCACUCAUGACGAAGCAGUGCGCGUACUCAAGAGGGCUGGGAGGAUAGUCGAUCUCGAGGUGAAAUAUAUCCGCGAGGUUAUGCCGUACUUCCGUAAGCAGAGCGUGCUGAAUGACUUAGUUUGGGAGGACGACACGGACAUCACGCCAAAAUCGACGCUGAAGAGCCGAUCCAGGACCGACUUCAAGGCAGUGCCGUUGAAGAUGUGCUUCAUUAUGCGUGGCAGUUUGGUGCAUGCUGACUCUGAGCAGCGGCUGAUAGAAAUCAGUUCGCCCAACAAAAGGCACUUCAUAACGUUCAGAUCUCAGAACGCGCACGAAGCGACAGCCUGGUUCCAGACAUUACAUUCAUGUCUGUCGUCGUUGCUGAUCCAGGCAAACGCCGAAGUGAAUUUGAUGCUUGGUGGUGUACCUGAAGUUAAGUACAUGGGCUGGCUGUGCGAAAAGACGAAAAACCAGGACGGCACUGAACAAUGGAUCCCAGUUUUUGCGGCUGUGACACAGAACGAUCUGCUCUUCUACGACCACUUUCCUUCAAUGAAAUCGGAUUGGGCGAACCCUCGUUGUACGUGUCCCCUGAUUGCCACCAGACUCGUACACACAACUUCGCGCAGCAAUCCAGUGAUCACGGGAUUGACGGACAUCAUUUCGUUCACUACGCGCACCGGAACGAAGCAGGGCAUCGAAACGCACAUCCUUAGGGUGCAGACUCAUCGCGACUUAGCCACUUGGGCUAAGACCAUCGUGCACACUACUCAUGAAGCGUGUCUGCUGAUUAGAGAAGUAUCUUGCCCUUGCCUGUGCAAAGAUCUCGAGUGUCGCGUAAUUUUGCAUUAUGAGGACGGCAUUACCCUGAUUUCAAACAGUCCUUCUGGGCUCGGUAGCAGAACGUCCAGUCAGAUUAUAUGGCAACAGCCGUACGAGAACAUUCGAUCGACUGGUGAUGACGGCCACGUUUUUGUAUGGAUCGAUUUCGGCGGCGACGUAGGGGAACAGGAGCUGGAUUUGCUCGGUUCACCGAAGCCGUUCGUCUUCACGCUCCAUUCGUUCCUGUCCGCUAAGGUCUACCGGCAUGGGCUUUACGCGUGA